AUGGGAGAUCGUCGGCGGUGGUCGCCGGAGCCUGAUCGCAGCAGCAGGGAGAUCCCCAGCGAGAUGCUGCAGGAGAUCCUGAUGAAGCUGCCGGCGAAGGACGUCGCCCGGUCCUGCUGCGUCUCCAGGCAGUGGCGCGGCGUCGCCGGCGACCCCUCCUUCCGCAGCCUCCACGCCGCCAGCUACGUCGCGCCGUGGGCGGACGCACAGGUCCUGCUCGUCGCCCAGACAAGCGAGCCUGACGAGGCGAGCGUCUACAGCAUGUCCUCGGGCAAGCCCAUGGCCAUGUGCUCCGUCGCCAUCCCCAGCGACUACCGCCUCGCCAACGUCUGCAACGGCCUCCUCUGCUUCGUCCACCGCUACGAGGCCGCGCAGCCGGCGGUGGUGUGCAACCCCGUCACCGGCGAGACGCUGGCGCUCCCCAGGGCGCCUCCGCUCCCCACCGACUGCAUCUUCGCCUUGGGUUUCAGUCCGCCCAGGAGGGAGUAUAAGCUCUUCAGGCUCUCGCCCCCGUUCGUGGACGUCUACACCCUAGGCGACGCCGGAGGCUGGCGCCAGCGCACGGACCUCUCGCUGCCUCGUCCAGAUGAAAUUAUGGACUGGCCGCCACAGCUGAUCGACGGCAAGCUGUACGUGCUGACAAUAGACGACCGAGUAUUGGUGGUCGACGUGUCCACGGAGACUUGCCGAACGUACCAUUACCCGGAGCACGAGGCAGUCGACAAUGUUAUACAUCCGCCGCGGGUCCGCCGUCCUUUCGCAAUGCACCCCUUUGAGCUCGACGGCCAGCCGUGCUUCGCGGUGCACGCCACCGGCGGUCUCAGGGGCGUCCACUUUUGGGUCAUGUCGCCGCCGGUGGAGGACGGCAAACAGCCGCAGUGGGAUCUGCGCCAUAGCUUUGAGAUCAAUCGGCUCGCUAGCCACUUCGGUCCUUCGAGCGCCUGGGUUGACGACGGCGAGAUGCUCUGCUACAUGCUGGGUGGCACCUUGUACAUGUAUGGCAUGAAAGCACAUCCACCGCCGACUUCCAACCAUGGUCGAUGGUUGGAGUGGGACCAACGGAUCAGUCUCAAAGAGAUUCCCUUAUGGCGGGAACCUUCGGCUGAUGUCAUCGUGGAUCAAUCCUGA